AUGACAAUGGACGUCCACGACAAACUAUUAGAAACAGUUCUUCAAGAGUACAAAAUUUUAACGGAAUAUGAACGGUUACAAAGUGAAGAUCUCAGUGGUGUUUACGUAACUCCUUCGUAUGAAAAUCCUUUCUUAUGGUUCGGAGUCAUAUUCGUACGUGUUGGAAUAUACAAAGAUGGAAUAUUUCGAUUUACUAUUACUCUUCCCAGCAAAUUUCCAAACGAUAACACAGUGCCGCUUUUAACAUUUCAAAGCGAAAUGUUCCAUCCACUAAUUCACCCUGAAGAUGGAGUAGUCGAACUGUCCGAUGCAUUUCCUAAGUGGCAUGCUGGAGAUAAUCAUGUCUGGCAAUUGCUCAAGUUUGUGCAGUUUAUCUUCCAUAACGUAGAAAAUUGUAUAAUCCAGCCCGAAAAUGUUCCCAACAAUGAUGCCUAUGAAUUAAUGAUGGAAAAUCGUGCCGAUUUUUUGCAGCGUGUAGAACAAUGUAUUGAGGACAGUCAACAGAAAUUGUACGAUCAGCCUUCGGAACUCGAUCGUAACUACAUAUGUUUCGAUCGUUUUAAUCCGGAAGUACAUGGGCCAGUGUUAGAAUCGAUGAAGCAAAGCAAAUGUGCUGAAGUAUCGACACCUCCUUCGUCUGGAUUGUCUUGGGUUCGGAAAGGUAUAUAUCAGCCUAUGAGUAAAUAAUUUUUAUUAACGUAAAACGUGACGUUGACGUGAAAGGUGUGUGUCGUUUUAAAUAUAGAGAAUCAGUUGCAUUAUGUUAGAGAAACACAGAGUACUUUAGUUGAAUAAUUUUAAUGUUUUAUUCUAACUUCAAACAGACGUUGCGAGUCAUAGGGCAAUUUAGUAUAUUAACUAAUACUUGUGAAUGCUGUAACGGAUGUGCUAAUUAAAUGCGUAAGGCACUACAAAGCUUUUAACAUAAAUAAAACAUUCAAUGAUUAUUAUUUUGCAUAA